CGCUUCCUCGUCCUCGUCCUCGCCCUCGCCCUCGCCCUCGCCCGUCCACCAUCAACCACGGCCAUCCACCUCGCGCCUCCUCAGCACCACCCAUCUCCAGCACCGACGCCGCCUAGCCGCCCUCCUCGCACGCCACCUCGUCCGCGCCACCCCCAGCCCCGCUCCACCAUGGCCUCUGCCGCUGUCGCCCCUGCCUGGCCGCAAGGCGCGCCCUACACGGCGCCCGUCGCCGCCUGUGCAGCCUCGUCGUCGCGCACCGCCGCUGCGGCACCGCGCAAGUCGUCGCGCCCCGCCGAGUACUGCGACCGCUUCUACGGCCACCGUGACCUCGCCGAGCUCUGCGAGCGCGUCAUCAUGGCGCUCUUCGCCUGCCCGCUCGACUCGACGUCCUCGUCGGUCGCCUCGCCGUCGGCCACCCGUGCUGCGCCGCGCCUCUCCGAGUUCAUCGCCUACGCGCUGCACCGCACGCGCCUGCCGCUCGCCGUCACGCACCAGGCCCUCUUCCUCCUGCGCCGCCUCAAGCAGCGCUUCCCCGCCGCCCGCGGCUCGUCGGGCCACCGCCUCUUCAUCUCGGCGCUCAUGCUCGCCAGCAAGAGCAGCUGUGACGACACGUACAGCAACAAGAGCUGGACCAUCGUCGGCCAGGGCCUCUUCAGCCUGCGCGAGGUCAACCAGAUGGAGCGUGAGCUCUUUGGCUACCUUGGCUUCAAGGUGAACGUCAAGAACGAGGAGCUCGUCGAGUUCGUCGCGGCCCUCGACGAUGGAUGCCUGCCGUCGCCGUGCCUGGCAGUUGAGCCCGUCGCCGCUGCCGUGGCCGCACCAGAGCAUGUCGCCGCCGCUGCCGCACCAUCUCCGCCUUCGCCGUCGCAGGCUUACCGCGCCGGGCCCUCGCGUGUCGCCCGGGCCAGCAUCUCGGGCUACCCGCACGACGGCGUCGCCGCCUCGGCCUCCUGCAGCAACCUCGCCUCGCACACCGCAUCCACGCUCGCACGCAGCGCCAGCGUGUCCGCACACGACCUGCGCGCCUCUGCUGCGGCGCACCCGCAGUACGCCACGCCCUACGGCGCCCGCGAGCGCUCGCGGCCGUACACGACGCCGACACACAACGUGGCGCUCAGCCAGGCAGCGGCAUCGGCCGCCAGCCAGACGGCAGCGUUCUACAGCCACCUCUCGCCGUCGGUCGCCUCGCUCUCGUCGUCGCGCGGCAGCAUCUCGUCGUCGUGCGACUCGUCCGACUCGGGCAUCAGUCCUGGCGACUCGUGCUCGAGCUCGAGCAGUUGCACCACGCCCGAGACGCCGCCGUCGGAGCUCGGCUCGAGCCCGUGGACCAACGAAAAGGCGCUGUCGUACGACGGCGAGCCGGCCGGCACGUACGACGACCAGGUCAAGUUCUACCAGCCGCACCUCCGCGCCGGCCAGCACUACGCCGCCGCGUACAACACCUGGGCCUAAGGCGCCUGGUGCCGCCUUCACCCUCCUGCACACGCUCCCUCAUCUACCUGAUACCAUGCUUCCGCCGCUGGCCGUUGCUUCACACCCGCCCUUCUCUGCUUGCCCUGCCCUGCCCUGAGCCCGCUCCGGUCGCCGGCUCGCCGCUGUACUACAACCGCCAUCGUCUUCCUGCCCCUGCCACCACAAGCUCCCUCCGCUCGUGCCCCUCUGUGCCUCCUUGUCACGCUUCACAUUCUAUAAAAGGCCAACGGUCUCGCUCGGACGAUCACACCAGACAACACAUCACCUCUAAUAAUACAAUAUCGGCGCGCGUGCCUCCUGGCCGCCGUCUCCUCAC